AUGUAUGACAGCUUCAGAGAUGCCAUAAAUCAGAGUCCAUUGAAGAAGAAGAUUUCGAACCUGGAUUACAAUGGGGAGAGUAUGGACGAUGACGCUAUCCACAACAUGAGUUUUGCACGAGGACUUCCACCGCUUCCUCGGUCGUCCGUCGAUCAACCUUCGGAGCUUUAUCAGAUUGUGAUGCGGCACAGCCAGCAUCCACCACUGCUCCAGCCGAGCUCAUGGACCCAGGCCGCCCCAUUCAAGGAGCUGCGGCACCACCGCUCCCCCUCAGACUCCAUCGCCAAUAACUACAGCCCCAGCGCCCGGCACCUGCGCACCUCCAACCUCCUGCGGAGAGCACCAGGGGACUCGGCUGCCUCCUCCACAUUUCCCCCAGACAGUGUCCGAUCUUCUCAGACUGAAAGCAGAUUCAGUGCCCACAGCUCAAGGGGCCCCACCACACACAGCCAGGACCCCACAGUCCCCGACAGUCGACCCAUGACCCCUCGAGAGCAGCUGGACAUCAUGCACAGCCAGGAGCAGAGGGAGUGGAGCAGCCAGACCGAACCCUCGGAGAAAGACCUGGAGAGAUAUGUCUACUACAUCACCAGAGGCGUUCACAGCUCCAUGCUGGCUCCUCCGCCGGCCCAGCAGAUGCACAACAUCCUGGCGCUGGUGCCCGGGCAUCUGCGGGGGACGAGCCGGGAGGUGGAGCAGCUGGAGGAGCAGCUGCAGAAGGAGGUGCACGCGGACUACGACUACAGCCUCCGCAAGAGCAUCGUGGACUAUAUCCUACAGGACUCCUCUGAGCGGGAGCGGGUGUUCAUUUUUAAUGUGCCGCAACCGUUCCCCCAUCGCGUGAUCCGUGGCCCGGUGCCAUGGUCUAGAAGUUUCCAUCAGGUUCACAACUGGCACACACAGCACCUGUUCACAGUCAACCCCAUGAUGUUCCUCCUACAGGACCUCUGGGUCAACAGUUUUGCAUCCCUGCGAUUUGUGUCUCUCCACGACCUGUGCUCUGCGAAUCUGCCACUGCUGCCAGGAGAAUUUGAAGAGCUGGUGCAGAGACGGUGUCAGAUCACCAGAGAGGAGCUGCUGGAGAAGUGGCUCCCGCGCUGUGCGUCCCUGUUCCUGAGCUUCAAGGACAAGUGGCUGAAGCUGGUGCCCCAGAGUAAGUACGUGGUGCCGCUCAGCGCCCAGGAGUUCUUCAGCUGCGUGGGGGCGCUCAUGUCCAUGCAGCUCCGCAGCCUGGUCAUCGCCUCGCUCCACGACCUGCUCAGCUUCCUGUCCCCUUACCAUAAGGGGAAUGACUUUGGAGAGUGCUAUGAUGAGCUGCAGUUCACUCAGGCCCAGAUGCUGCUGGUGAAGCUGAGGGUGGAUGAGCCGCACAUCAUCUUCCAGCCCAGUCUGGACAAGUGCUGGAACAUCAUCCACAAGGCCUUCAUGGAGAUCAUCGAGAGCUCACACAACCUGCCACGGGUGGAGAGUCACCUGUUCCCAGAGAUCCAGGGUCAGAAUCUUACCCUGCGCUCCGUGAGGCCCGAUGAGGCGCUGGUCACAGACCUGAUCCAGCAAGCCAGAGAGAUCUUCAACAGGAACAUAGUGGGACCAAAGAGGUAUUUGGAUGUGUAUAAGAAGUACAACAGUCUGCUGGAUGGUACUGCCAAACAGGACAUCUUGGCCUUCCUGAAGGAGAAACAUUCACUGGAGGGCUUCACAAAGAAGAUCCGCUCCAUCCAGCACGUGUGGGAGGACGUGGCCUCGCUGCGGGUCACCGUGGCCCUGUCUCUCUUCUGCCUGGACGUGGUCAACCUGAACGAGGAGCUGUGCGACCGCGCCCAGCUGCUCAAGGACCGGCUCAUCACACACACGCUGGACGAGAACCGCGCUCUCAACAAGAGCAUCUGCCACCGCUUCGAUGAGAUCGUGGAGACCAUCACCAGUGUUCCCAACACCACGGAGGAGCUGGUGGAGCUCAACCAGUUCUUCAAGCGGGCCAGCGAGGUCACCGUCCACACGCUGCAGGCCGAGAUCGACGAGGCCUCCAACCGCCUCAUUUUCCUCCUGGACUGUGCCACGCUGCCCGCGGAGGACUUGAAGCUGAACAGCAGUGUGUUCCACUGGCCAGAGCAGAUCCAGUGUGUGUUUGAGCUCAGCAAGGGCCGCCAGGCCUCCAGGAGGGAGCAAGCAGAGGAGCACCUGCAGAAGAGGGUGCAGGACUUUGAUCAGAUGCUGCAGAGCAUGUGUAAGGAGGUGGACAGCUUCAAGAAGAAGGACAUGAUGGGCUACGAGGAGAUGAAGAGCAACGUGGACAAACUCAACGAGCUCCAGGCGGCACUCAACUCAGCCUUCACUGAGCUGGAGGACAUUAAUAAAGAGGAGGAGCUGCUGGAGAAGGAGCUGAGUCAGUUCCCUCAGCUACAGGCGGUCAUGAGCGCCAAGCAGCCCUACGACCAGCUCUGGACCACCGCACUCACCUUCCAGAACAACUCAGAAGUGUGGAUGAAGGGCUCGUUCCAGCACCUGAACGCUGAGCAGAUCACCGAGGAGCUGGGCGGCAUGUGGCGCCUCAUGUACAAACUGACCAAGAGCUUUGCCGACCUGCCGGCUCCGCGCCGCGUGGCGGACAGCUUCAAGAUCAAGAUGGACAAGUUCAAGAUGCACCUGCCCCUCCUCAGCACCAUCUGCAACCCCGGCAUGAAGGAGCGCCACUGGGACCAGAUCAGUGGCGUUGUAGGUUUUGAUGUGGUACCAGAGGGAGACACAUCACUGCUCAACAUGGUGGAGCUCGGACUGUCCAAGUUCUCUGACAAGCUGGAAGAGAUUGGCUCAGCUGCCAGUAAAGAGCACUCAUUGGAGAAAGCCAUGGAGAAGAUGAGGAAGGAAUGGGCCGACCUACGAUUCUCAUUCACCGAGUACAGAGACACGGGCACGAGUAUUGUGAGUGCGGUGGAUGAUAUCCAGGUGCUGCUUGAUGAUCACAUCAUAAAGACUCAGACCAUGCGUGGAUCUCCUUUCAUCAAGCCUAUUGAGGCAGACUGCAAGCAAUGGGAGGAGAAGCUGGUGUCCAUGCAGGACAUCCUGGACGCCAUGCUGAGCUGCCAGGCCACCUGGCUCUACCUGGAGCCCAUCUUCAGCUCCGAGGACAUCAUCGCCCAGAUGCCCGAGGAGGGACGCAAGUUUGGCAUCGUGGACAAUUACUGGAAGGACAUCAUUGCUGAAGCGGUCAAGGACACGCGUGUGCUGGUGGCCACCGGUCAGCCCAACAUGCUGUCUCGCCUGCAGGAGUCUAAUCUCUUUCUGGAGGACAUCCAGAAAGGCCUGAACACCUACCUGGAGCAGAAGAGGCUCUUCUUCCCCAGAUUCUUCUUCUUAUCUAAUGACGAGCUGCUGGAGAUUCUGUCGGAGACUAAAGACCCACUGAGAGUGCAGCCUCACCUGAAGAAGUGCUUUGAGGGCAUCGCCAAACUGGACUUCACCCCUGACCUGGAGAUAGUUGGCAUGAUCAGCUCAGAGAAGGAGACUGUGCCUUUCAGUGAGAAGAUCUACCCUGCCCACGCUAAGGUAGGGAUGGUGGAAAAGUGGCUGCACCAGGUUGAGAACAUGAUGUUGAGGAGUGUUAGAGAUGUCAUAAGCAAAGGAGUGGAACAGUACCCCCAGGUGCCCAGGAAUCGUUGGGUGUUGCAGUGGCCAGGCCAGGUGGUCAUCUGUGCGUCCUCCAUUUACUGGACCAGCGAAGUAUCUGAAGCGAUCCGGAACAACACACUACCAGCCUAUGUGGAGAAGAGCAACGCACAGAUCGCUGAGAUUGUGGAGCUGGUGAGAGGGAAGCUGUCAGGUGGAGCCAGACUGACUCUGGGCGCUCUGACUGUCAUUGAUGUCCACGCCCGUGACGUGGUGGCUAAGCUGGCGGAGGACCGCGUCUCCUGCCUGAAUGACUUCCAGUGGAUCUCCCAGCUGCGCUACUACUGGGAGGAGGGAGACGUGCUGCUCAGGAUGAUCACCACCUGCGUCACCUACGGCUACGAGUACCUGGGCAACUCCGCACGCCUGGUCAUCACGCCGCUCACUGACCGAUGCUACAGAACUCUGAUGGGAGCUCUGAAGCUGAAUCUGGGAGGAGCCCCUGAGGGUCCAGCUGGAACAGGCAAAACAGAGACCACCAAAGAUCUGGCCAAAGCCCUCGCCAAACAGUGUGUGGUGUUUAACUGCUCAGAUGGCCUGGACUACAAGGCCAUGAGUAAGUUCUUUAAGGGGCUGGCGCAGUCUGGAGCCUGGGCCUGCUUUGAUGAGUUUAACCGUAUCGAGGUGGAGGUGCUCUCAGUGGUGGCCCAACAGGUGCUGUGCAUCCAGCAGGCCAUAGCGCGCGACCUCAAGCGCUUCCUGUUCGAGGGCACGGAGCUGUCGCUCAACCCCACCUGCUGCGUCUUCAUCACCAUGAACCCCGGCUACGCCGGCCGCGCUGAGCUGCCCGACAACCUCAAGGUUCUGUUCCGUACAGUAGCUAUGAUGGUCCCAGACUACGGGCUGAUUGGAGAGAUCUCCCUGUACUCCGUGGGCUUCAUUCAGUCCAGAAGCCUGGCUCAGAAGAUUGUGGCGACCUACCGGCUGUGCUCGGAGCAGCUCUCCUCUCAGAGUCACUAUGACUACGGGAUGCGCGCGGUGAAAUCGGUCCUGACUGCCGCGGGGAACCUCAAACUUAAGUACCCGGAGGUGGAUGAGAGCGUGCUGCUGCUCAGAGCCCUCAUGGAUGUCAACAUGGCCAAGUUCCUCGCUCAGGAUGUACCCCUCUUCCAGGGUAUCAUCUCAGAUCUGUUUCCUGGAGUGGUUCUGCCUAAGCCUGACUACGAGCUGCUACUGAAGGCUCUGGAGGACAACAUAGCCAAACUUGGUCUACAACCUGUGCCCUGGUUCAUUGGCAAGAUCAUACAGGUGUAUGAGAUGAUGUUGGUAAGACACGGCUUCAUGAUUGUGGGGGAGCCGAUGGGAGGCAAGACUUCAGCAUAUAAGGUCCUGGCAGGAGCACUGAGGGACCUAUUUGAAGCAAAUCAGAUGGAGGAGUUUGCCGUGGACUACCGCAUCAUCAAUCCCAAAGCCAUCACCAUGGGUCAGCUGUACGGCUGCUUCGACCCGGUCAGCCAUGAGUGGUCCGACGGUGUGCUGGCCACCUCCUUCCGUGAGCAGGCCCAAUCCACCUCUGAUGACCGGCAGUGGAUCCUGUUUGACGGGCCCAUCGAUGCUGUCUGGAUUGAGAACAUGAACACUGUGCUGGAUGACAAUAAGAAGCUGUGUCUGAUGAGUGGUGAGAUCAUUCAAAUGAGUGCAAAGAUGAGUUUGAUCUUUGAACCAGCUGAUUUGGAGCAGGCCUCUCCAGCUACUGUCAGCAGGUGUGGUAUGAUUUACAUGGAGCCCCAUCAGCUUGGCUGGACUCCUUUGAGAGACUCCUACAUGGACACACUCCCCAAGAGCCUCAGUGAAGAGCACAUGGAACUGGUGAAAGACCUGUUUGAUUGGCUUCUGCAACCAAGUCUGGACUUCAUUACCCAUGAAUGCCGUUUCCUGGUGCAGACGUCUCCCAUUCACCUUGCCUACAGUCUUAUGCGGCUGUACACAUGCCUAUUGGAUGAGAUUGCGGUGUCUGGUGAGGAUGGGAAGGAGCCCAUGUCCAGCCAACAGAUUACCAUGUGGCUGCAGGGCCUCUUCUUAUUCGCUCUUGUUUGGACUGUGGGCGGGACCAUCAAUGGUGACAGCAGGAAGAAGUUUGAUGUUUUCUUCCGGAACCUGAUCUCUGGCACUGACCCCAAUCACCCACGGCCCAAGAGCGUCAAACUCACCAAGGCCAACGUCUUCCCUGAGAGAGGCGCAGUGUAUGACUACUACUUUCACAAACAAGGGCCUGGACAGUGGAACUCAUGGAUGGACUCAAUUACGAAGGAAGAGAGCACCAUCGCUCCCAAUGCUAAUGUGUCAGACCUGAUCAUCCCCACUAUGGAGACGGCACGUCAGUUCUUUUUCCUGCGCACCUACGUGGCACAUGAGGUGCCCACCCUGUUCGUGGGGCCCACGGGCACGGGCAAGUCCAUCAUCACCGCCAGCUUCCUGAUGAGCCUGCCCAAGGAGAACUACACACCCAACUGCAUCAACUUCUCUGCUCAGACCUCAGCCAAUCAGACACAAGAUAUCAUCAUGUCCAAGCUGGACCGUAGGCGCAAGGGCGUGUUUGGUCCACCUAUGGGGAAGAAGUGUGUCAUUUACGUAGAUGACCUUAACAUGCCAGCAAAGGAGAUCUAUGGGGCACAGCCUCCUAUUGAGAUUCUGAGGCAGCUCAUUGAUCACGCUCACUGGUAUGACAGGAAGGACACAUCUCGACAGGACAUUGUUGACGUGCUGCUCGUCACGGCCAUGGGGCCCCCUGGUGGUGGAAGAAAUGACAUUACAGGUCGUUUCACGCGCCACCUCAAUGUGGUGUCCAUCGACUCAUUUGAUGAUGAGACACUCAGCAAGAUCUUCACAUCAAUCACUGACUGGCACUUUGCCAAAGGGUUCGAUGCUACCUUCUCCAGACUGGGUAAGAUCAUGGUCCAGGCUACCAUGGCAGUGUAUAAAGAUGCGAUAGAUGCCUUCCUGCCAACGCCCUCUAAGUCCCAUUAUAUCUUCAACCUGCGUGACUUCAGCCGAGUCAUCAAAGGAGUGCUGCUCGCUCCAGCCACACACUUGAAGGAGGGUGAUAAGCUGAUCCGUCUCUGGAUCCAUGAGAUAUACCGGGUAUUCUAUGACCGUCUCAUUGACAAUGAAGACAGACUAACCUUCUUCAACAUUGUGAAGGAGAGAACCUCAGACUACUUCAAACAAAGCAUGGACAAGCUCCUGGGUCAUCUGACACUGUCUGGCACAGUGGAGGACGACGACGUCCGCGGCCUGUUCUUCGGCGACUACACCAAGCCCGACUCAGACACACGUGCCUACGACGAGAUCACCGACCUGAAGGAGCUGAUGGCCAUCAUGGAACACUACCUAGACGAGUUCAACAACGUGAGCAAGGCGCCCAUGUCGCUGGUCAUGUUCAAGUUUGCCAUCGAGCACAUCUCGCGUAUCUGCCGCGUCCUCAAGCAGGACAGCGGGCACCUGCUGCUGGUGGGCAUCGGCGGCUCGGGCCGGCAGAGCGCCACCAAGCUGGGCACCUUCAUCAACGACUACGAGCUCUUCCAGAUCGAGCUGACACGGACCUACAGUAUGUCGGACUGGCGCGACGACGUCAAGCGCGUGAUGCUGAAGGCGGGCAUGGAGGGCAAGAGGACCGUGUUCCUGUUCAGCGACGGGCAGGUGAAGGACGAGGCAUUUGUGGAGGACAUCAAUAUGCUGCUGAACACGGGUGACGUGCCUAACAUCUUCGCUGCUGACGAGCGCGCCGACAUCAUUGAGAAGAUGCAGGGCGUGGCGCGUCUGGAGGGCAAGAAGAUCGAUGCCACGCCCCUCUCCAUGUACAACUACUUCAUCGACCGUGUUAAAGCUCACUUGCACAUCGUCCUGGCCAUGAGUCCCAUUGGUGAUGCCUUCCGAAACCGGUUGCGGAUGUUCCCUUCACUGAUCAACUGUUGCACGAUCGACUGGUUCCAGGCCUGGCCAGCAGACGCUCUGGAGAUGGUCGCCAACACAUUCCUAAAGGAUGUGGAACUGGAGGACAACAUCAGAGUAGCUGUGGUGGACAUGUGUAAGACGUUCCAGGAGAGUGUGCGUCACCUAAGUGAGAGGUUCUACUCUCAGCUGCGCCGGCACAACUAUGUGACGCCGACCUCCUACCUGGAGCUCAUCCUCACCUUCAAGGUUCUGCUGGGCUCACGCAGAGACCAAGUGAACACCUUCAGGAACAGAUACCUGGUCGGCCUGGAGAAGUUGGACUUCGCCUCCUCUCAGGUGGCAGUGAUGCAAGAAGAGCUGACUGCAUUGCAGCCUGAGCUGAUAAAGACAUCGGCAGAGACAGACGCCAUGAUGGAGAAGAUUGAGAAGGAGACUGUGGAGGUGGACGCCAAGAAAGAACUGGUGGCUGGAGAUGAAAAAGUAGCCAAUGAUGCAGCAGCGGCUGCCAAGGCCAUUAAAGAUGAGUGUGAGGGGGAUCUGGCUGAAGCCAUGCCUGCUCUGGAGGCUGCCCUCUCAGCUCUGGACACUCUGAAGCCUGCAGACAUCACUGUGGUCAAGUCCAUGACCAAUCCACCCGCUGCCGUCAAACUGGUCAUGGAGUCCAUCUGUGUCAUGAAGGGCAUCAAGCCUGAGAGGAAGCCUGAUCCCGGUGGCUCAGGUAAAAUGAUUGAGGACUUCUGGGGCAACUCCAAGAAGCUCUUGAGUGACCUCCGUUUCCUGGAUAGCCUCAAGGCCUUUGACAAAGACAACAUUCCCCCAGCCAACAUCAAGCGGAUUCGCGAGAAGUUCAUCGACCACCCAGACUUCCAGCCGAACCUCAUCAAGAAUGUGUCAUCCGCAUGCGAAGGGCUCUGCAAAUGGGUGCGCGCCAUGGAAGUGUAUGAGCGCGUGGCCAAGGUGGUGGCACCCAAGAAAGAGCGCCUCCAGGCAGCCGAGUCGGAAUUGGCCAUCCAGAUGGCCACACUGGAGGUGAAGCGGGGCGAGUUGAAGGAAGUGGAGGACCGUCUGCAGGCUCUCAAUGACACCUUCGCGGAGAUGAACCAGAAGAAGAAUGACCUGGAGGACAACAUUGAACUGUGUUCCCAGAAGCUCGUCAGAGCAGAGAAGCUGAUUGGUGGACUAGGCGGGGAGAAGGACCGCUGGACAGAGGCCGCCUUCAACCUGGGCAUCAAGUACACCAACCUCACCGGGGACGUCCUCCUGUCAUCGGGCACGGUGUCCUACUUGGGCGCGUUCACGGUGGACUACCGUGUUGAGUGCCAACAUGCCUGGCAUCGGCUGUGUCAACAGAAGAAAGUGCCCUGCUCUGACGACUUCACCCUUAGCAACACCCUUGGAAACCAAGUGUUGAUUCGACAGUGGCAGAUUGCAGGGUUACCUGUGGACGCAUUCUCAACUGACAAUGGUAUCAUUGUGACAAACUCAAGGCGUUGGCCAGUGAUGAUUGACCCACAAGGCCAGGCCAACAAGUGGGUAAAGAACAUGGAGAAGGCUAAUAAAUUAGCUGUCAUCAAGAUCACAGACCCAACGUAUGUCAGAACCUUGGAAAAUUCCAUCCAGUUUGGCACACCGGUUCUGAUGGAGAACAUUGGGGAGGAGCUGGAUGCUGUUCUGGAGCCAGUUCUCCUGAAACAGACAUUCCGGCAACAGGGUGUUGAGUACAUGAAGAUUGGUGAGAACAUUGUGGAGUACUCCAAAGACUUUCGCUUCUACAUGACCACAGGGCUCAGGAACCCACACUACCUUCCCGAGGUAGCCGUGAAGGUGUGCCUGAUCAACUUCAUGAUCACGCCACUGGGGCUGGAGGACCAGCUGCUGGGCAUCGUGGCGGCCAUGGAGAAGCCCGAGCUGGAGGAGAAGAAGAACCAGCUUAUCCUGGAGGGUGCCGCCAACAACAAGCAGCUUAAGGAGAUUGAGGACAAGAUCCUAGAGGUGCUCUCUUCCUCGGAGGGGAACAUCCUGGAAGACGAGACCGCCAUCAAAGUGCUGUCCUCCUCCAAGAUCCUGUCUGAGGAGAUCUCAGAGAAGCAGAAGGUAGCGAACAUCACAGAGCAGGAGAUCGACGACACCCGCAUGGGCUAUCGGCCAGUGGCCGAACACUCGUCUAUCCUGUUCUUCUGCGUGUCCGACCUGGCCAACAUUGAGCCCAUGUACCAGAACUCGCUCACCUGGUUCAUCAACUUGUACCUGAACUCCAUUGCCCAGAGUGUCCGCAGCGACGACCUGAACAUGCGCAUCGACAACAUCAUCGCCCACUUCACCAACAGCAUCUACAACAAUGUGUGCCGCUCGCUCUUCGAGAAGGACAAGCUGCUUUUCUCGCUGCUGCUGACCGUUGGCAUCAUGAAUGGCCAGGGGCAGGUCGACGACCAAGUCUGGCGCUUCCUGCUAACGGGGGGCAUCGCCCUGGAGAACCCGCACCCCAACCCCGCCCCCGAGUGGCUCUCCGACAAGUCCUGGUCGGAGAUUGUGCGCGCCUCCGAGCUGUGCAACCUGGAGGGCUUGUAUGAGCAUGUGCAGGAAAACGUGGAGAAGUGGAGGCAAAUUUACGAUUCCGGCCGACCCCACGAGGAACAGCUGCCGGACAAUUGGCGUGUGCUGGAGGGCAUGGACCGCCUGGUGGUGCUGCGCUGCUUCAGGCCUGAUAAGCUGGUGCCUGCUAUCCAGGAGUUCAUCGUGGUGAACAUGGGCCGGCCGUAUAUCGAGCCCCCCACUUUUGACCUCGGCGGUAGCUAUGACGACUCAAACUGCUGCUCCCCGCUCAUUUUCAUCCUAUCACCAGGGUCUGAUCCUACUGCUGGUUUACUGAAAUUUGCAGAUGACCUGGGGAUGGGAGGCGGUAAAACCCAGACGAUCUCCCUGGGGCAGGGACAGGGCCCCAUAGCGCAGGUUAUGAUCGAGAAGGCCCUGAAGGAUGGGGGCUGGGUGGUGCUGCAGAACUGCCAUCUGGCCACCAGCUGGAUGCCCGCCCUGGAGAAGAUCUGUGAGGAGGUCAUCGUCCCUGACAACACACAUCCCAGUUUCAGGUUAUGGCUGACCAGCUACCCCUCUGACAAGUUCCCUGUGAGCAUCCUGCAGAACGGGGUGAAGAUGACCAACGAGCCGCCCAAAGGCCUGCGCGCCAACAUCCUGCGCGCUUACAUCAGCGACCCCAUCUCUGACCCCAACUUCUUCCUCAGCUCCAGCAAGCAGGAGGUCUGGCAGAAGCUGCUCUUCGGAAUCUGCUUCUUCCACGCUCUGGUGCAAGAGAGACGAACCUACGGGCCCCUGGGUUGGAAUAUACCAUAUGAGUUUAAUGAGUCAGACCUGAGGAUCACUAUGCGACAGAUCCACAUGUUCCUGGAGGAGUAUGAGGAAGUUCCACUAGAGGCUCUCACCUAUUUAACUGGGGAGUGCAACUAUGGAGGCAGGGUGACUGAUGACAAGGACAGGAGACUGCUGCUCUCCCUGCUGUCCAUCUUCUUCAACACAGAGAUACUCGAGCACGACUGCUACAAGUUGUGUGAGGGAGACCUCUACCAUGUCCCUGUUUAUGGUCCCUAUGAGAGCUACGUCGAUUACAUCCGAAAUCUGCCAAUCAGUGCUGAACCUGGUGUGUUUGGCCUGCAUAGCAAUGCAGAUAUCACCAAGGACAACCAGGAGACUAAUCAGCUGCUGGAGGGAGUUCUGUUGACCCUACCCAGGCAGACAGGAGGUGGGGCCAAGUCACCACAGGACAUUGUGGAUGAGUUGGCAGAGGAUAUUCUCUGCAGGUUACCAGCAGAUUUUGACUUGGAGAUGGUGAUAGAAAAAUAUCCAGUGGUCUACGAGGAAUCGAUGAACACAGUGCUAAGACAGGAACUCAUUCGCUUCAACAGGCUGACCAACGUGGUGCGCAGCACUCUGGUCAACAUCCGCCGGGCUCUCAAGGGCCAGGUGGUGAUGUCGUCGGAGCUGGAGGGCGUGUUCAACAGCAUGAUGGUGGGGCGCGUUCCCGUCGUGUGGGCUGCACGCUCCUACCCCUCCCUCAAACCACUGGGCAGCUACAUCACUGACCUCCUCCAGAGACUCCACUUCCUCCAGGAGUGGAUUGAUAAUGGCCCCCCAAGCGUUUUCUGGGUGUCCGGGUUCUACUUCACUCAGUCCUUCCUCACAGGAGUCUCCCAGAACUACGCACGCAGAUACACCAUCCCCAUUGACUACAUCGGUUUCGAGUUUGAGGUGACCAAAUAUGAGACCAGGGUUAAGGAGAAGCCGUCAGAUGGCGCCUACGUCCGCGGCCUCUUCCUGGAGGGAGCACGCUGGGAUCGCGAAAACAUGGUCAUCGGCGAGUCCCUUCCCAAGAUCCUCUUCGACACUCUGCCCAUCAUCUGGCUCAAGCCGGGAGAGAGCUCCAAAUUCAAGCACGAGAACGUGUACGUGUGUCCGGUGUACAAGACCAGUGCCCGGCGUGGGACUCUGUCCACCACUGGCCACUCCACCAACUACGUGCUGCCCAUCGAGCUCCCUUCUGACCGGCCGCAGAAGCACUGGAUCAACCGGGGGGUGGCCUGCUUGUGCCAGCUGGACGACUGAGGAUCAGAUGUUCACAGACAUACAUAGCACGGACUAAAGUCUAAAAAACACAAUGUCUAUUAAAAACAUUAUCUCAUCA